AUGGGAAGCUGUGCGAGCAGACCCAAAGAGUUAAAUGGCCCUGCAGAUUCUCUGCCAACCCCACCCAGCCCUCACCCCACCCUCAACAAUGUCCAACCCCAGACUGACUGUGCCCCAAAACCAAAACUGCAGGAGAACAAUAAUGACAAUAAUGGAGGUGAAAUUCCAAAGGAGAAGGAGGAGCCAUUGAUUGAUCUCUCGGAGCCAAGCCCAAAGGCAACAAAUUCGGAUGCAGAUGCCACUCCUGAACCCAAGCCUGAUCAUGAUCAGGUGAUGAAGUAUGGGGAGCUAUCAGAGUCGAAUCCUCUGAUUGGCACUGCCAAUCAAACUGAAGAGAAUUCUGGGGCUGCUGGCAACCAAACGACAGACAAGGUGAAGAAUGGGCCAGCAGGAGUGGUAGCAGAUCCUGAGGAGAAAGGGAAACCAGAUAUUGACACAGACAAAUCAGAUAACGCAAGCCACAAGCAACCUUUAACAUCUGAAAUUUGAUUGCAUCUCAUGGUAGGGCCAAGUGUAGCGCCAGAAAUAACAAAAGUUGCAAUCAGAAUGAGAUAUUACUGUAAAUUUCAAUUCCCAUAUCAAGAUAC